CUUGUCUGCCGACAUUUCUUUUCUCGCCCGUCCUCGCUCCCCUCCCCCCCCCUCCAUCGUCACCCAUUGUAUCGGGCGGUCGCUUCUGCAUUGGCCCCCCGGUUCCUGCACGUUGAGGACAGCGUCUGCGCGCGAUUCCCUGCCCUCCGGAGUCACCGCUCGUUCUUUUUUUUUCUCGGCCUCCUCUCGAACCGGCAUCGGUCACAAGCACGUGUUGGAGCCGCCGUUGACGCAACGAUAAACCCCUCCUCCGGCCACCGCAAUCGCGACCCGCAGCCCGGCAAAAUCGCUGCAAACCCGCGCCGCCGCAGCCUCCUCCUCCUCCUCCUCCUCCUCCUUCCUCACCGAACCUUCUCCGACGCUGUCUCGCCGCAAACGCCAUGGCGCAAAACGGCAACGUUGAGAACGGGUCGUCUGCCCAUACUCACACCCAGUCGCAGCGAUACCUCAGCACGCGCGGCGAAGAUUAUGGCUUGUCCUUUGAGGAGGUCGUCCUCAAGGGUCUCGCCACCGAUGGCGGCCUGUACAUCCCCGAAGCGAUCCCCGACGCCUCUUCUUCGUGGCAGAGUUGGAAGGACCUGAGCUACCCCGAGCUCGCCCUCGAGAUCCUCUCCCUUUAUAUCUCUCCCUCCGAGAUACCCCGCGCCGAUCUCAAGGACAUCGUCGACCGAAGUUACUCGACCUUUCGCAGCAAGGAAGUAACACCGCUUGUCCACCUCGAGGACAAGCAGUACCUGCUGGAACUCUUCCACGGCCCAACUUUUGCCUUUAAGGAUGUCGCCCUGCAGUUCCUCGGCAACCUCUUCGAGUAUUUCUUGGUCAGGAAAAACAAGGGCAAGACAGGAAAAGACCGACAUCACUUGACUGUUGUCGGCGCCACCAGCGGAGACACCGGCUCUGCUGCCAUUUACGGUCUGAGAGGCAAGCAAGAUGUCUCCGUCUUCAUCAUGUUUCCCAAGGGUCGUGUCAGCCCCAUUCAGGAGCUUCAGAUGACGACUGUGCCUGACAAGAAUGUCCACAACCUUGCUAUCGCGGGCACGUUCGAUGACUGCCAGGACAUUCUCAAAUCCAUCCUGGCCGACGACGAUGCCAACAAGUCAUUGAACCUCGGCGCCGUCAAUUCGAUCAAUUGGGCGCGAAUUCUUGCCCAAGUCGUCUAUUAUUUCCACUCAUACUUUUCCCUGGCUAGGUCCGAAUCCGACUUCCAACUCGGUGACAAGGUUCGGUUUGUCGUUCCUUCAGGAAACUUUGGCGACAUCUUGGCGGGCUACUUCGCGAUGCGCAUGGGCCUGCCUGUCGACAAGCUCGUCAUCGCGACCAACGAGAACGACAUCCUCGACCGGUUCUGGAAGUCGGGCAAGUACGAGAAGAAGAAGGCGCAGGGCCCCGAGGCAAGCGGUGGCCUGGCGGUCGACGGUGUCUUGGCGCACGAAGACGGCGUGAAGGAGACGCUCAGCCCGGCCAUGGACAUUCUCGUGUCGAGCAACUUCGAGCGGCUGCUGUGGUUCCUGGCGUACGAGUUUGCGGCUUCGGCGGGCAUGGACGACUUGUGGAACAAGAAGCAGGCCGGGCAAGAGGUCAGCAAGUGGCUCAAGGAGCUCAAGUCUACGGGCUCCUUUGGCCCAGUGUACCAGGACGUCCUCACAUACGCCAAGCGCGACUUUGAAAGCGAGCGCGUCGACGAUACCCAGACCAUCGAGACCAUCCAGAAGCUAUACCGCAAGGUGGGUUACGUGCUCGACCCUCACACCGCUGUGGGCGUCGCCGCGACCCUGAGAUCAGUGAGCCGCGCCGGCCCUGGCGUACAUCACAUCUCGCUAUCGACGGCACACCCCGCCAAGUUCUCGGGCGCCGUAGAUAUGGCUCUGCAUGACGAGGAGGGCUUCGAUUUUGAGAAACAGGUGCUCCCCACCGAAUUCAUCGGCUUGGACAAGAAGGAGAAGCGCGUCAGCGACGUGGAGAACGGCUGGCGAAAGGUUCGCGACCUGGUCAAGGCGCAGGUCGAGCAGGAGCUGUCGCAAGCAUGAGCGGACCCAAUACCAGACGACGCUUGACGCAUUUGCAUUCUUUCCGAGGACAAGUAGGCAUGGAUUCGGAUUCGUCACGACAACCGGACACCUUAGAGACAUGUGUCGUCGGCGCAGCUAUCCAUAGAUCCAGUUUCGUGUUGGUUUAUCUUGGCUCUUGGGAUUCCCCACUCGGAGUGAGGGACGAUUCCCCGCUCCAACCUUCAUACUCUUAUAUUCCCCUCUCUUUGUUUCUCUGUCAAUUUAGCAUACAUCUCGCCUGUGGCCCUUGCGCGCCUUUCGGGGAGAAAGCUGGGCGGCUUGGUUGUAUUUGUGGUCUGCUCUUCGCCACGAGGAGAAGGAAUUCUAGAGGAAGGCGGGCAGGUUUGGACAUACGAGUGUUGCGCGGUUUCGUCUUUGCCGCCCGCCGUGGAUGGUUUUACUGCCUCGUCCCAUCUUCAUUCACCCCAUCUUCUUCCACGUGUAGGGUUUUGUCUUGUUUUUUUGUUGCCAGGCUGUCUGCGCGGUCUGCUACUCGUGGCGGACAGGCUGUCGCAAAAAGUGCAUGGGCGGCGGCGUGUAGCGUCGCGGAGGAAAGGGGAGAGGGGGCCAAGUAGGUUGGCAGUAUCUAGCCACGCACGAAGUACGAAGCACUUGUAGUACAGGCUGUGGUAAAGAAAGAAGAAAGAGUAAAAGUCAACAGG